AACGUGAUUGCCAUCAAGGCUUUAUACUAUUAAAAGUGGCCGAACUCCGUCGUGCGCUCCGACACUUGUUGCUGCCGCCCGCGCGCCUCCCGCACCGCUCCUGCGUCCUCCUCGGGGACCGCCCGCGCGGAGUGAUGAACUCCAUCGACCCUCAGUCCCAUCAGCAGCAGCAGCAGCAGCAGCAGCAGCAGCAGCACCAGCAGCACACCUCUCCCACCGCCGGCUCCCUCCCGCCCAAAGGCGCCCAGGAGGCCCCGGACAUGGCCGCCGUCUACUGCGACAGCUUCAACAGCAUGUACCACCAGCAGAGCCUCCAGGGCGCGCAGCGGCCCGGCGGCUACGGCCUCGGGGACUACGCGUCGUCCCCGAACCCGUACCUGUGGCUCAACGGGCCGGGCGUCAACUCCUCCGCGUCCUACCUGCACGGCGGCAACGCGGCGCCGUUCAUGCCGCCCUCCUACGGCUCGCAGCGGCAGUUCCUCGCCAACUCGCCCGGGUUCGGCGGACCCGACCUGGGCUGGCUGUCCAUCGCCAGUCAGGAGGAGCUGCUGAAGCUGGUGCGGCCGCCCUACUCCUACUCGGCGCUCAUCGCCAUGGCGAUCCAGAACGCGCACGACAAGAAGCUGACCCUGAGCCAGAUCUACCAGUACGUCGCCGACAACUUCCCCUUUUACAAGAAGAGCAAAGCCGGCUGGCAGAACUCGAUCCGGCACAACCUGUCUCUGAACGACUGCUUCAAGAAGGUGCCGAGGGACGAGGACGAUCCAGGUAAAGGAAACUACUGGACGUUGGACCCAAACUGUGAAAAGAUGUUUGACAAUGGGAAUUUUCGCAGGAAAAGGAAAAGGCGGUCGGACCUGAACGGCGCUGGCGGAGCCGCCAUGGCAGCAUCCGGACCCGCCAAAGCAGAGGACGGCAGGCCGGCGCCGGGGGCCUCCCUGAAGCCCUCCGACAGCCCCCAGAUCCCGGGACCCUCCUCCCCAGAGAUGGACGGCAUGAGCGAGAACCCCAAGGGCUCGACGGCGUCGUCGCCGCCCGGACUGGCGUCGGCCCCCCCUUGUUUUAACACCUUCUACAGCAGCAUGUCCUCGAUGGGCUCGGGGGGCCCCAGCCGCCAGGGGUCCCUCGGACUGGUGAACGAACUGUCCAACAGGAACAUUACGGCCCUGAGCCCCUACCACCCCGGCCACGGCGGUCAGGACACGGGCCUGUCGGAGCACAGCGAGGGCCUGCCCUUCAACCGCGGAGUCUACUACAACACGUUUGGCAGCGGCCAGAGCGGACAGUUCAACGGCCACUUCUACAACAGCUUCAGCGUCAACAGCUUGAUUUACCCCCGGGACGGGACCGAAGUAUAGGAGCCGCUUCGCUUUAGGGACUUGCUGCUCAGUGGCUCCUGCAAAAAAAAACCACCCAUUUUUUGAGACGUGAAUUCCAGCUGCACGACGCCCUCCUGUCUGGCCUGACCGAUCGGUCUGCUCAGUGAAUGUUUGAGCGCUCGAAUGUUAGAAAGUCAAACAAAACAUGACUUCUUUGCUCUAGGUCUUCAAAACCUCGGCAAACUACUGAACACCUGGUUUUUAUUUUACAACAUUUAUUUGUCCAUAUCUGGGCAGUUUUAACAGAAACUUUACCAGGUUUUUGUUAAACUCACUAAAUCACUAAAUGUUUGUUUUGCUUUUUUAAUUUUAGACGUCUUUUGAUGGAGUGGCCUCAUCCUCAGUCGAUUGCAUGCGUAGAAACUGGUUUAAUCAAAAUCGCCGCACCAAAGUUGCCUUUUGUGAGACCGACAUUACCUCAAAAAACACAUGAAUUACAUGAGAUGACAGCGCCCGGCUGCAACGGCUUGACUUUCAUUGUAUUCAGACGAUUCUCCAUCCGCAGUAAUAAUCCAUUAAAAACACCAUGACCUGAACUGGGGCUCGCCUUAUCUUUACAUGUUCCACGUUGACUGAAACCACAACUCUACGACUGCGUCUGGUGUAAAUAAGUAAUGAAUUUGUAUUUUUGUAAAUUCUAAAGCUAGUUCCCUAUUUAUGUUAUUUAUACUGUCAUCAGAGCGUAGUUUGAUUAAAACCAAUUAUUCCUGUAGCUCACAAACUGCACCAGAAACAGUAUCACUAAUACCCAGAUGUCUUAUAUAAAUAGAUGUAUAUUUUAUAAACUAUAUUCUAUAUGAUGGUGUUCCUCAGGAUUCAAUGUGACAAUCAUUGAAUGGUUUUUAUAACUGUGGUCUUUUUUUUUUAAUCUUUAUACAGUCAUGCAGCUUUCAGGCAGUGUCAGCUGUGAUUAUAAAUAAAUAUUAUGUCGUCUUUA